AUGGCGGGGAAGUUGGAGCCUUUCAAAGUGGAGCCUCUGGAAGUCUUAGAGGAGACCGUGGAGGGGCAGACCAAGCCUUUGAAGACUGAAGACUUGUUGGCAAUGGUGAAGAAGCUGCAGAAAGAGGGAAGCCUGGAGCCCCAGAUAGAAGACCUGAUUAAUCGAAUUAAUGAGUUUCAGCAAGCAAAGAAGAAGGCCAGCGAGGAAUUGGGAGAAGCCCAAGCUCUCUGGGAGACCCUGCACAGGGAAUUGGACUCUUUGAAUGGAGAGAAAGUGCAUCUAGAGGAGGUCUUGAGAAAAAAGCAAGAAGCACUGAGGACCCUCCAGCUGCAUGGCCAGAUGAAGUCAAGUGAGGCCCAGAGGUUGCAUGUGGAAGAGCAGCUGGAGGAUUUGAUGGGCCAGCACAAGGGCCUCUGGGAAUUCCAGAUGCUGGAGCAGCGACUGGCCUGGGAGAUCUGUGCCCUGCAGAGCAGCAAGGAGCAGCUGCUCACGGAAGAGCACUCCCUGCGAGCCAAGCUGGAGCUGGUGGAACAAAGGCUGCGCUCGCUGCCAGAGGUCGAGGGUGCCCUGGCAGUGAAAGAAGGGCUGAAGGGGGAGCUGGAGGAAUUCGGGGGGCAAGUUCCCACUCGUACCCAGAGCAGCUCAGAGGACGGGGCCGACGAAGGAGAGGUCGGGAGCCAGGGAUGGAGGCGAAGCGGGCAGGGAGGGAGACAGAGGGGGUGAGGAUGUCCGCAGAG